UGGGGAACAUUUAUUAGAUUAGGGUUUCUGUUUUCACUUUCAGUUCUCUCUUCUCUCACACACAAACUCUCUCUCUCACACACAAACACACAACAAUGGAAGCAAUCACCGAAGGAGUUAACAACAUUAACAUCUCUGAUUCUAUUAAGAAGAAUCGCAUUCAAGUCUCCAACACCAAAAAACCCCUCUUCUUUUACGUUAAUCUCGCUAAGAGGUAUAUGCAACAGCAUAAUGAGGUUGAGCUUUCAGCACUUGGAAUGGCUAUUGCUACUGUGGUUACUGUUGCUGAAAUUUUGAAAAACAACGGUCUUGCUGUUGAAAAGAAAAUCAUGACAUCAACAGUUGACAUAAAAGAUGAUUCCAGAGGUAGACCUGUCCAAAAGGCCAAGAUUGAAAUAUUACUCGGGAAGACUGCAAACUUUGACGAGUUGAUGGCUGCUGCCGCUGCAGCUGCUGAAAAUGGGGAAAAUGGAGAUGUUGAAGAGCACACUGCAUGAAGUUCAGUUCAUCAAUAUCACACCUGUCUUGGGUUAAGUCAUGUCCUUUGAAUGAAUUGUUUGAUUGUUGUUAGUAGAUAGCAGACAACAUAGAAUUUGUUAUAGACUGACAUGCAAUGUUGAGCUACCUAAUUCCUUCAUUUCUUUUCUUUAUAAAUAGAAGGUUUCAUAUUUCAUGUUUCAA